UCCCCCGCGAGUAGACGGGAGAUGAUGGGAGACGACAGGAGCGACUCGGAUGCGAAUCGUUCGUUGGAAGGGGACAGGGCCGAUCACCUGGAUCUCGAGGAUCAAAGCGAGAUAAGGAGCGUGGCCCACUCGGAGGAUUUGAACGUGAUGGACUCGGACUGCGAGCUGGAGAGGGAGGUGGACAACAGCCAGGAGAAGGAGGAGAAGUCGAGCCCCGUAGUGCCUCAACCGAUUCAUCCAGGGGUUCAGAGGCCCUCUCAGGGGCCCCCUUACCUCCCCGGUGCCCCAGGCGCCCCCGGAUGGAAUCCCGCGGGAUUCCCGCAUUCCCUCGCGGGAUUCGCGUGGCUACCCCCACCCCCGCACCCGCACAAUCCGCAUGGACAUCUGUACACGCCUCACGGGGGGCCCACUAGUCCGAACGGCGAUCUGAGGCUGCCGGGGCCGGGGCCAGGCCCGGUCAGGUGCACCCUGAGGAAGCACAAGCCGAAUCGCAAGCCGAGGACACCGUUCACCACGCAGCAGCUGCUCUCCCUGGAGAAAAAGUUUCGCGAAAAGCAGUAUCUAACCAUCGCCGAACGAGCGGAAUUCUCGUCGUCCCUUCACCUUACGGAAACGCAGGUGAAAAUUUGGUUCCAGAACAGGCGAGCUAAGGCGAAGCGUCUCCAGGAGGCGGAAAUCGAGAAGUUGAGGCUGUCCGCGAGGCCGUUGCUUCACCCGAGUUUCGGCUCUGGCCUAAUGUUCUCCGGAGUGGGGCCACCUGGAACACCAGGAGUGCCUCCCUUCAUCGCGGCGGCCAUGGCUAGGCACACCCAUGUCGCCGCCGCGGCGGCCAUGUUCAUGGGGCCCCCUGGACACAGGCCUUAAUAAGGGAGAGGCGAGCCGCGCUGGUCCGAGUCGCUCGUAUCCUGCCCAGUCCGCCUCUUCCUGGUCUUCGUGAACGAAAACUGUGCGUUGAAAAAACUUGUAACCCAACGAAAGAACGAAAAG